AUGUCCGCCAAAACCGCCACCGUCACCGGCGCCACGGGCUUCGUGGCGGCGGAGCUGAUCAAGCAGCUGCUGGCCCGCGGGUACGCGGUGAAGGCCACCUGCCGCUGCGAGCCCGACAGUGCGCGGCUGGCGCCGUUGCGGAGCGCAGCCGAUGGCGCGCCCGGCACCCUCGAGCUCGUCCAGGUCGAGACAAUCCUGUCCAGAUCGCCGGCCCUGGACUCUGCUAUCGCCGGCAGCCGCUACGUGUUCCACGUGGCCAGCCCCUUCAGAUUCGACGGCGAUCCCCAGAAAGACGUGAUUGAGCCGGCCAUCGAGGGCACCCGCGCGGUGCUGGAGGCCGCAGCAGCCGCGUCGCCGCGCCCCGCGCGCGUUGUGGUCACGUCCAGCGUGUGCGCGAUCCACGACCAGAACCAGAAGCACAUCGAGGCGGAGCGCCUGGCAUGGCGGCUGGCGCGGGAGCACGGGCUGGAUGUGAUAACCAUCCUGCCAAACUUCGUGCUGGGCCCUGUGGCGGGCCCGGGGGCCACCGGCGUCAGCACCGGCUUCAUGAAGGAAUUUCUGGAGGCACCGGGGGGCAAGGUGCCCGAGGGGACGUGGACGGUGUGCGACGUGCGGGAUGUGGCGGCCGCGCACAUUGCUGCGGCCGAGGGGCCCGAGGCGUCUGGGCGCUACAUCGUCAGCCAGCCCGGGUCAUUCGACGCGCGGUUUGUGACGGACACUCUGAAGGAGGCGCUGCCGGGCGCUGCGGAGGGGCUGCCUGACGGGGUGCGCGCGGACACCAAGGAGACGAUCGACGCAUCCAAGGUGACCCACCAGCUGGGCGUCGAGCUGCACCCUGUGCGGGCCACGCUGGUCGACAUGGCGCGGUCGCUGCUGCAGCACGGGGUGGCGGCGCCAGAGUGGCACAAGGCGGGCGCCGCGGUGCACGCGGCGUAG